CAGCUGACGUCCGGCGUUUCUGGCUCCGGCAGGCUACGUGGCCAAUGGCAGACUGCUGCACUGGGAGAAAUAUUGCUACAAUCUUAUCUGUAUGUUUCACUUCACAGCUUCUAUCCAUCAGACUGCAGUUUUACUUACAUUGUAGUCAUUUCUCACAGGAAUCCAUCUGCAGGCUUUUGUGUGUCGAUGGAUAUUGUUCCAUAUAAUGGCCCAGAUGUUGCUGCCAACAUCAAAACGAUGACACCCACUUGCACCAAAAAAAGAUCUCCAUAAUGAAGUAACAUUACGUACCUCCUGAUGAGAACUUAAUUCUGAGGCAACCUGCAAGAUGACCUCAGCAGAUGUGAAUAACGCUGAAAGCAUGUUAGUGCUCAAUAACGUGGCCUCGUGUGACAUGAAAAGUGAUACAUAUUCUCCCAUUAUUUUAGAAAGGCAAGAAAAGGAACCACUAGAUGUGAAGGCAUGUGCAGUAAAAAAGCUGAAGAAGCAUUUAUCAUGUACGCCAGCAAAAGCAAAAGACUUACUUGUUGACUUCUUUCCUAUAAUACGAUGGUUUCCAAAGUAUAAAUGGAAGAAAUGGAUUUUGGGGGAUAUUAUGUCUGGGCUAGUUGUAGGUAUCUUGAUAGUUCCCCAAUCAAUAGCCUACUCAUUGCUUGCUGGGCAGGAUCCAGUAUAUGGGCUUUAUACCUCAUUCUUUGCCUGCAUCAUCUACUCUCUGAUGGGAACAUCAAAGCACAUCUCAGUUGGCAUCUUUGGUGUGCUUUGCUUAAUGAUUGGCCAGGUAGUGGAACGAGAGCUGCAGUUUGCUGGGUUUGACAUUUCUGAUGAUAUUAAUGCCACUGCUCUGUCCAACCAGUCCGCAAACGUUUGUGGAAGAAGCUGUUUUGCCAUUCGUAUUGGCUCAACUUUGACAUUCAUGGCUGGCAUAUACCAGGUGGCCAUGGGCAUCUUCCAAGUCGGUUUUAUAUCGGUGUAUCUGUCCGAUUCUUUGCUAAGUGGAUUUGCCACUGGAGCCUCGUUCACCAUAAUCACCUCACAAAUUAAGUACAUCCUUGGGAUCCGUAUUCCACGUGUCAAUACUCCUGGUUCACUUGUGAAAACUUGGGUGCACAUUUUUAAAAACAUCCAUGAGACUAAUAUCUGUGAUCUUGUAACCAGCAUAUUGAGCCUUCUGUUUUUGGUACCGAUAAAGGAAAUAAAUGAAUGCUAUAAACAAAAGUUGAAAAUGCCUAUUCCUGGUGAACUUCUGGUAGUAAUUAUUGCUACCUUAAUCUCGCAUUUUGGACAAUUGAAUGCAAAGUUUAAUUCUGCUGUUGCUGGAGACAUACCCACUGGAUUCACAGCUCCCACCUCUCCAGACUGGAGCAUGAUACCUCGAAUUGCUAUAGAUGCCAUUCCAAUUGCCAUCAUUGGUUUUGCAAUCACAGUUACUCUGUCGGAAAUGUUUGCAAAAAAGCACGGAUACACAGUGAAAGCAAAUCAAGAAAUGUUCGCUAUUGGGGUUUGUAAUGUGAUCCCAGCAUUUUUUCAUUGCUUUACAUCCAGUGCAGCCCUAGCAAAAUCUCUUGUUAAAGAGUCCACAGGCUGCAAGACACAGUUAUCGAGUCUGGUCACUGCAUUGGUGCUUCUCCUUGUGCUGCUUGUAAUUGCUCCUCUUUUUUAUUCCCUUCAAAAAUGCGUCUUGGCUGUCAUAAUAAUUGUAAAUCUCAGGGGAGCUCUAAGAAAAUUUCUUGAGUUAUCUAAAAUGUGGAACAUGAGCAAGGUGGAUACUGUUGUGUGGUUUAUUACAAUGUUAGCGACAGCGCUCGUCAGCACAGAGUUGGGUCUGUUGAUAGGGGUGUGUUUCUCUGUGAUCUGCGUGAUUGCACGAACACAAGUGCCAAGAACCACUGUACUUGGCCAUUUGAAGGGGACAGAAAUUUAUGAAGACCUGAGGAAGUAUAGAAAUCUGCAAAGUUUACCCGGGAUUCAAAUUUUUAGAUUUGAGGCUCCGUUAUACUAUGCAAACAAGGAAUUGUUCAAGGUGGCUCUGUAUAAACAGACAGGAAUUAAUCCCACUCUGGUAGUAUUAGCAAGGAAAAAAGCAGAAAAGAAAAACAUCCGAGAACUGAAGCAAAAACAGACAGCACAUUCUCAAGCUGGGGUGAAACCUGAAGUUACACUGCAGUUGUCCUAUGGAUAUCAAGAGUUUGAUAUCCAUACAAUUAUCAUUGAUUGCUCAGUUAUUCAAUUCCUGGACACCGCAGGUAUAGCUACAAUGAAGGAAGUCUUCAAAGAUUACAAGGAAAUUGGAAUUUUGGUUCUUCUCUCGAACUGCAAUGCCUCUGUCAUUGAUAGUCUUCGCAAUGGGAACUAUUUUGAUAAUGGUUACAUCAGUGGCUUGUUAUUUUAUAGUGUUCAUGAUGCUGUCAAGUUUGCUUCAAAUGUCCACCAAAAAAAUGGUGACUGUGAAGCAAACACUCCAUGUUAAUGUUUACUUGUGAUCCUUUAAUUAAAAUAUUUUUAAAAACGCACAUCA